AUGGAGCAUGAAGAGUAUGCUCGUGAGCUGGCUGCUCAUUACAAAAUCAGUCCACAAUUGCCUUAUCACUCCAUCAUUGAAGAACUAAAGAAUGUGCUUGAUUCCAAGCGUUCAGAUUUGCAGAAAUUAUACAAAUUGAAAGCUGGAGUUCAAAAGCUCCGAGAUGCUGCAGGAAAGAGUGUAUCUGCUGUCAUGCCUUCAAGCAAUGACUUCACGAGCGGACCCAAUUUUACUGGGUCCAAAGAAGGCCAUACACUGGAUCGGAAAUCUAGUCGAGUCACUACAUCAGCGGUUAUUAAAAGUAUUAACAGUGAUGUUCAAGAUCUUGCGGAGGAUAUCUGUGAUUUGGAAACAUCACUUCUUUUACUAAAGCAUUGUCAACCCAGUUUCGACCAACAAAGUGCUGUGAUAAAGUCAGCCAACCGUAGUGACAGUAUUGAACAACGCCUCACAGAGCUACAAAAAGCGUUGGAUAUAGAGCUGCAGGUUCGCAGUGGGGCAGAGCGUCUGAUCCAAACGUACAAAUCGGGCCCUCGUCAUUUUCUCGAGGAAGCUAGGAAGCAGUAUGAAAAUGCUAAUAAUAAAAUCGGAUUUAUUCGAAAUCAGAUGAUUCGCGUCAAGCAAAUGAAUGAAGGGUUCUGCCAGGCAGAUACCUCGUCCCUUGGAUCGCGUUCGGAAAAUACAUCUGAUACAGCUAAAGCAAAUGGCUCCAUAAAUACAUCCUCUUCUGUUUCCAAUCAUCAAGAGAGUUUUCUUAUAUGGAAAGAUAAAGUAAUGGAAUUAGCCCACCGUUUGCGAGUUGAAAGAGCUUUAUUCGUGGGGAGUAAGAAGGCUGUUAAUGCCGUUCUAGACAACCAAAUUCAUGUGGACAAGUCUAGGAAGUUACAGAUCAUUAACGACUGGCAUAGCUAAGAUAAAGACGUCAUCUCAUUUUUGGACAUGUCCCAAUACACCCCUUUUUAAGUAACUACGGAAUGCAUGACAAUAUAAUUCUGUCGUAGUUUAUUUACAUACUAGAGAUACAGUGUUAUCUGUUGAACGAUAAAAAUUUGUGUAUAAAUUUAUUCACUUAAACAUAAACUUAUGCACAAGGAAGGGGGCACCAAAAUAUUUACUCACCUCAGGAAAAUAAGGUUGUGAAGAGAUGGAAAAAAGCAAGUGUAAUAAAAUAAAACAAGUAAAUGGAGAUUGGUGUGUGAAGCAAUAAUAAUAAUAAAGUGAAUGAAGCAGUUGAGAUCAAACUGAAGAAAAUGGAAAGAGAAACAUAAAGGAAUUGAGAAUUGGAAGAAUUAUGAAGAAUGUAAAGGACAGUUGAUGGAAGAUUUGCAAAUGAAGUAUUUAAUGUAUGGUUU